CUUCCCUUCUAGGCAGUCGUAUUGCUAUCGCGGUCCGUCCCCUCGACCACUGCUGGCCCUGUGCGACCUCAUUUGCUCCUCGCCAUCCGUCCGCCGCAACCAUGACGAACCUCGGCAGCGACGCGACUGUCACCAACGACAGCAAGCUCCGAGAGCGUCCUACCGCGAAGCCAGUACGUUUGGAGAAUGCAGAUGACGCGAGACAGCGUGUGCUGGAGCUCAACGAGGAAGAGGAAAGCAAGCAAUUCAAGGAGAAGCGCACGUAUGGCCGCACUCCAGAUGGCACAGUCUUCAUCGUGCCCCAAACACACGACAUGGUGUCGCAGCUCCUGUCUCCCUCGCAACCUAAAAACCUGUCCGACUUGGUAGUUCUUGGAGUGCUCGCAGGCCUGAUACUCACGCUGUACCUCCUACCCCCCACCGCUCGCAUCCCCGGGUUUGCUGUAAUCUUUCUCUUCUGGCGCGCAGCUUACAACGCAGGCCUCGGCUGGUUGCUCCACCACCAGUCCAACCAUAACCGUCUUGUUCUAUGGGCCAAGCACUCGCGCAUCUUCGAGAAGCCCGAAUCGGGCAGAAACCCCCAUCCCCGGCUGUAUAAGCUUCUCAAGCGCGAGAUGGAGACCAAGAUCCCAAAAGAUUACAAGUUCGAUGAAGCGCCGCUCGAGUACAAUACCUGGCUGCUGUUCCGCCGUGUCGUAGACCUGAUCCUCAUGUGUGACUUCGUCUCCUACUGCCUGUUCGCCAUAGCGUGUUUCAAUCGGCCUGAGGAGAGCUGGGUCCUGUGGGCGCUACGGUGGUUCACUGGCAUCGUCCUAUUCCUGUUCAAUCUCUGGGUAAAGCUGGAUGCCCACCGUGUAGUCAAGGACUAUGCCUGGUAUUGGGGCGACUUCUUCUACCUGAUCGAUCAGCAACUGACGUUUGACGGAGUCUUCGAGAUGGCUCCGCACCCCAUGUACUCAGUAGGCUAUGCCGGCUACUAUGGCAUCUCCAUGAUGACCGCUAGCUACAAAGUGUUAGCUAUUUCCAUCAUCGCCCACGCUGCCCAAUUUGCCUUCUUGACUCUCGUUGAGAGCCCACACAUCGAGAAGACGUACAAUCGUCCGCCGCCCCGAAAGCACCAACCUUCGGCAUCUACCGGUCACGCGGAACGUCCGACAUCGAGCCAGUCCGAAGGCGCCUUUGCAGAAUCCACGCAGACUGCUGAUGCACACGACCAGCCGCCUCAAAUCCAUAAUCUCAUUGGCAUCAAAAAUGUGGAUUUCCAUCGAGCAAUCGAUGUGGCCGUGACGCUCUUCGUUUUCUACAUGGCUUGCCUGACACUGCUUACACCUAACACGACGCUUGUCAGAGCCUUCUUCAUAGUCAACGCGUUUUUGUGGCGAUUGUGGUAUGCUCUUGGAAUUGGGUUCAUCCUGGACCGGCAAUCAACCGAAAAAGCGUGGACGCGUCAUUUCAUCAAAUACGGUGAGAGCAAGGAAGAGGCCUGGCAACAGUUCAAGUACAUGUACCACCUAAGCAUGACCAUGUGCCAUGCAUCCUUCCUUUGCGCGGCCUGGAAGAUGUACAGUCUGCCGCCGGAUUGGACGUACGGACUAUGCACUCUUCGGCACGUUGUCGGUGUCGCUCUCAUCGCCUUACAGUUGUGGACAGACAUAAGCAUCUACGACUCCCUAGGGGAGUUUGGUUGGUUCUUUGGCGACUUCUUCUUUGACCCUCCAUCGAAGAACUUGACCUAUUCUGGCAUCUACCGCUUCCUCAAUAAUCCCGAACGCGUCCUGGGCCUGACCGGAGUAUGGGGUGUAGCGUUGAUCACGUGGAGCACCCCAAUCUUCUAUCUUGCAGCGACGGCGCAUAUCCUCAAUCUCGGCUUCCUCCAAUUCGUCGAGCGCCCGCAUAUGCAGAAGCUAUACGGCCAGAACCUGCGUAAGGUGUCCGGUCUGAGUAAGACGCUGCAGCAAUCGCUGCCCUCGCCCAUCAGGAAGCUGCAUAACAGGGCUGAUGGAAUGCUUCAGUCCACUGUCGACUUCAUCGAAGACCUGGUGGAGACUGCACGGCCUAAACUGGCAGCGGGCGUCAACACCUUCUUCAAGGAUACUCCAGCACUGUUCAAGACGUACCCUGCACGCAUCUCCAUCACGCGCCUGGAGCCCGACCUAGCCGGCCUCAACCCCAAAGACUACAGCGUCGAAAUCCAUGGCACCGUAUCGUCUACCCCAACCGACUACUUCCAGAUCGCAGCCCGAGAAGGCGAACUCGCCCGCACCCCAGCCCAGCGCACCAACGAAUUCAAGACGCUCGUCCUCGAAUACGGGGCCCCCAUCAAGGUCCGCUGGCGAGCGCCCCUCAACCACAGUAGAAAGGACUGGAUAGGCCUCUACAUGGUGGCCGACAACCCGUCACGCGAGAUUACCAGCAUCGCGUCCAACGGCCGCUGGAUCGCCACGAACAAGGGCCAAUACGACUCCGUCCGCGCGGAAGAAGGCAUCCUCGUCUCGGACAAGCUCGUCAUUGGCGAAGAGGCCCGCGCCGACGGCGGAGACUCGUCCUACUAUACCGGCGAGAUGGAGUUCCGCGGCGACAAGCUCUUCUGGACGACGGGCGUCUUCGAGUUCCGGUACCACCACAACGGCAAGCACAACGUCAUGGCGUUGAGCCAGGCGUUUGAGAUCAGCAUCCCCAAGUUUGACGAGGAGAACGUCGAGCUCGAUGAGAAGGGGACCAUGCACCGGGCCGUGGAGCAGGCGCUGCUGCCCAUUAUCCAGAAUUGUUUCGAUCGGGAUCCGGAGAUUGCGCCGGGGACGGCCGAGGAGGGAUUUGGCGGGUUGGUCGAAAGGGAUGGGAAGUAUGCGAGACGAGUGGUUUUUGCCGUGUUGCAGAUGUUUGGUAUCGAAUUCGCACCAGAGGUUGUGCAGGCCGAUGGCAAUGUGAGGAAUCUGGCUUGGCGGAUUUGCAACGCGAAGAAAGUCCUGGCUCCCUACAGCAUGUCGUCGGGCAAAGGCAGGAACACGCCUACCUUGCGCUAACUACA